AUGUUAACCCGAACUAUUGGCGACGACUUUCGUGUUAUGCCGUACAAUCUACGCAUCUUGGCCAUAUUUGGUCUCGAGGGUAAUCGAAGUAAGCAGUAUCGAUUGGUAAUAUUUUUAGUGCUGGUAGUAUUAUUUUUGUUCAUACCAAAACCUUUGCGAAUCACCGAACGGUACUCUUUCGAGUUGAUCGUACGUAGCUUAUCUGAAAUCAUCUUUACCGCACUAUUUUCUCUGACGGCUAUCAUCGUUGCCAGUAAAUCGGAAACCUAUCGAGAGCUAAUUUUCUUGAUUGAAAAGGAACUGACUCAGUUUAAGGAUCAACAUAACGAGAGCAGCAAGUUGAUAGUCAAGAUAAAUACUAAAAUUCACCGUUUCAGUAUGCUUUAUACAAUACUCCAUAUCAAUUAUUCGAUACUAUACAAUGUUGUACCGACGAUCUACAACAUUUUCAAAUAUUUUACCAAACCAAAAGAAAAUCUUUCUAACGCAUUUGUAAUCCCAUUGAUAAUCGACUUCUACGGCAUGGAUAUCGAACACAACAUCUUACAUUAUGCCAUUUUCUGGAUUACGCUUACACCGCUGUUUUUAGUCGUUACCGCCAUGCUUUGGUUCAAGGGUACUUUAUUCAUCUUAAUCCGUUACAACACAUUGCUGUACCAGCUGGUCAUCCAGCAGCUGCAACAGCACGACAAAGAAGCUGCUGGAAUGCAACUUUCGCAGAAACACCAACGUUUGCAGGAUAUUGUUCAGCUGCACUGUUCUGCGAUCAAGUGCACUAAACUACUGAACGUCAUUCUAGGCUUAAUUUUGUUGAUUCAAUUCGUCGGGUGUUUGCUUGUGUUCUGUCUAAUGAUGUUCUAUAUAUCCCGCAAUAAAGAUAUGAGUAUCGCCAACUUGGGCGUAUUAUUCACCUCCGUUUUUACUGAAAUAAUGUUCUACUCCUAUCUAGGGGGUCAACUGACAGAUAAGAAUUCCGCCAUCAGCGAAACCGCUUUCGGAUGUCGCUGGUACGACGAACCAAUUGCGAUACAGAGAUACUACCUUCGAAUCAUCCAGCAGUCGCAACGGAAUGCGGCAAUAACCAUAGGAAAAUUUAAUGUAGUCAAUAUUGAAACAUUUACACAACUGGUCAAAGCAUCUUGUACUUAUUUCAUGGUAAUGAAGGAACUGUUUUAA